AUGGCAGUAGCUGCAUUAGAAUAUGACAUAAUUGAGAGUACCACAACCGGGUUUGCAGUGAGAGAUGCUACUGGCAGAGUUUGGAAUUUUGAGCUUUCUGUUCGGGCUCGUGGUCGGCAUCCAAAACCUGUCAUUAUAGGAGACUGGUUGUUGUUCGUGCGUGAGAAGGGUCUUGUAGUCGGAGACAGAAUCUUUCUGACCAAGGAAGAAGAUGGACAAAAUGGACUGGUACGUAGACAAGACUUGUUUUUUGCUGCAGACAUAAAACGGCGAUUGGCAUAUCCUACCCAAAACCUUGAAGCUAUUCCGAUACCCUCAGGCCAAAAUGCUGUAGGGUUUGCAGGGAGAGAUGCCAAUGGAAACGUUUGGAAUUUUAAGCUUUCUGUUCGGGCUCGUGGUCGUCAUCGGAAACCAGUCAUUAUAGGAGACUGGGUGUUGUACGUGCGUAAGAAGGGUCUUGCAGUCUGA